UAUCGUGAUCGAUUUUACAAAUAUAUUCAAUAAUUGGGUGGUUACUGUCAAUAUUACCAGGCGUUGUGAAAGUAUUUUUGAUGAACAUACGUUGUGUACAUACUGUAAUAGUUAACUUCGAAAGGAUAGUUUUCCGCAGUGAAAGAAAAGUGAACAUUUAUAUUUUUUUUAUUAGUGCAGCAAGGAUUCGCCGCGAGCCAAAUUAACAUACAUGUAUCGAAAUUACAGAAGCUGCCUGGACGGCACAGCAAUUGCACCAUCCACAUCCGGGUUACCAGUCACAUCCGGAUUACCAGUAACAUCGACUGCAGGGAAAACUGAAGCCAUAGUUAAUAAUCCUGGGGCCAGCAUCAUUUCUCCGGAAGAAAAAGCCAAGAUAGAAGAUCAGAAAAGACAAUUAGACAAUAUGUUGAGUCAAAUCGAUGAAUUGGAGAAUUUAAUGAAAACGAAAAUAGCGCGAAUAGACAGCAAAGAAAUGUCACCGGAAAUAAAGCUCCGGAACGAGGCUCUUCGGGGGAGCACGGAUCUUAUAUGCCCACCUUCCGCUAAGAUCGUUCGUAUCUUCACCAGCAGUACCUUCACGGACACCAAGCAUGAACGGAACAUGUUAAUGAGGGAGGCGUACCCGAAGAUCAAAGAACAUUGCCGCAACUUUGGAUACGAAUUUCAGGUAGUGGACAUGCGUUGGGGUGUCCGAGACGAGGCCACUGACGACCACAUGGGAACUGAACUCUGUCUCAAGGAACUCAGGCUGUGUCAGCAGCUCUCCACUGGGCCCAGCUUCGUGUCGCUUCUGUCGCACAAGUACGGUUACAUCGCGUUCCCCCGGGUGAUCGCGGCGGAUGAGUUUGAGCCUCUCAUGAUACAAGUCGAGGAACAGGCGACCGUCCGGCUCUUCCACAAGUGGUAUUCCCGUGACGACAAUGCGGUUCCUCCCGCUUACAUCCUCGCAUCCAUCAGCACGCACCUGCCGGAUUUCAUAAGCAAGGACAGAGACAAGCAGAAAGUCGCCAAAGAGCAGUGGUUGAAGGAGAGUGAGCAAAUGCAGGACGCUCUGGAGUCAGCCGCCACCAGGGUGUUCGACCAGGAAACGGCCCGGAAGUACAUAAUUUCCGUGACGGAGACGGAAGUGGAGGAAGGUCUGCUCAAGGCGGAGGACUCCAUCGCCAGGCAGGCCAUCUGGCUGCGCCGGAACAUCGAAGACAUCGACCGCCAGGAGAGCAGCUACGCACUAUCUAGAUACACCGAGUGCCAGGGUGCGCAGGGGAAGGUGGAGAAGGCUCACCGGAUGUUGCGGGAACUCAAGGAGCACCGGAUGGAGCGGCGCCUGCAUUCCGACCAGAUCUUCCACUACAACGUGCACUGGGUCGGCCCGGAAGGCAUCGUGCCGGAUACCAGCGAAGAGCACCGGAAGUACCUGGUGCGCCUCUGCAAGGACUUCACGGACAACAUGAUUUCCCUGACGACGCAGGCUAUUCGGAAUCGAAAUCUCCUUCACGACCAGCUAACCGAGGAAUGUAUGCAGCACAUUCGGUUGUGUCAGGCCAAGUGCGCCGAGUUCCAUGGACGCACAGAGACGCUUGAGCGGAUCAAAUCCUACCUGCUUGAAACAUCGACAACAGCCCCGCUCGUUGUGCACGGGAUCAGUGGAACGGGCAAAACUUCAAUCCUGGCGAUGACGGCGAAACUGUGCAAGACCUGGCUGGCCAAGACGCCCAAACUCGUGUUAAGGUUUCUCGGUACAACCGUGGAGAGUUCUUCCGUUCUGCCUCUGCUUCAGAGUCUGGUGGAUCAACUGAGUAUUUUGGAUGAUCAACGCCUUCAAGCCGAACUGACCGUUGACCUUCUAAAUGUCCAGUUGAAUCUGCUCUUAAAGCAAGGCACGGCAGAGUGUCCACUCGUGGUCAUCCUGGACUCGCUUGACCAGCUGGACAGCUUACACAAUGGCCGCUCUUUGAUGUGGUUUCCGGUCUCCCUGCCGCCUCACUGUAAGAUUAUCGUGUCAUCACUUCCGGAGGAGAAAUACGAGGCGUUUCCGGUCCUCAAGAAAUUAUUUCCUGACGAGGAUAGGUACAUACAGGUCCCGGAACUAGGUCAGAGGGACGCACACAGCAUAGUGUCGUUGUGGGCGGAGAAACGGAAACGGAAGUUGACCCCGCCCCAGAUGGAUAUCAUGCUGAGCACAUUCCGGAAGUGCCCGACACCGCUGUUCUUAAAGCUGUCGUUUGACGAAGCCAUGCUUUGGCGCUCGUUCGACCCGCCGUCACGGACAGUACUGCAGACGACAGUUCGUGCCGCAGUCGACUUCCUGUUCAGUCGUCUGGAGAAACUGCACGGCCGGAUAUUGGUGUGCCGCGCCUUGGGGUAUCUUACCUUAGCCAAUAACGGAAUCACCGAGGCGGAGCUUGAUGACGUGUUGUCCUGCGAUGAUGACGUAUUAAAUGACGUCUACACCUACUGGACACCGCCCAUGCACAGACUGCCCCCUCUACUUCUCGUGCGCAUACGGACGGACAUCGACCAAUAUAUCGUUGAGCGCGGUGCAGAUGGUGCGCGCGUGUUGAACUGGUACCACCGUCAGUUUACGGAAGCUGCCCACGAGCGCUACUGCGCAGAUGAUGCGCAAAACAAGCGUCUCCAUGGCAACCUAGCUGAAUUAUUCGCGGGAACCUGGGCCAAUGGAAGAAAAAAGCCGUACACGAACGCUAAAGGGGAGGUAACAGAAGAGGACCGCUAUGUGACGUCACAGCCCCUUCGCUUCGGAGAGGAUGAUUACAACAUCCGGGCUCUCAACAAUCUGCCCUAUCACCGCUUGCACGCGGGUCACGUUGACCUUCUCAAGAAGGAGUGUCUUGCCAACGUGCACUUCUGCGUUGCUAAGUUACACGCACUUCCGGUUGAGGCGCUCUUAGACGACUUCACGGCGGCCAAAGCGGCGUUCCCGGGGGAUUCCUUGAUCAAGAACAUCCUGGAGGCGCUUCUGCUCUCCCGGAAGGGACUUCAAACGGAUCCGGUUCAGUUCGUGCCACAGCUACUCGGGCGCCUGGAGGACACCGAGGAAACAGCCGAGUUCAAGCAGCGCUUACAUGAGUACAGCUCUAAAGUGUGGUUCGAGCCCGAUAUCAACAUCCUGGAGCGUCCCGGGGGUCAGCUGCUACACAGCAUCAACGUGCACGCAUUCGAGAUUAACAUGAUGGCUAUGACGACAUGUGGAACUUACGUCAUCACAGUCUGCAGGAGGUUUGAGGAGAUCAAAAUCUGGAACAUCAAGGUCGAAUCGCCGCGGUUGCUACGCAAGGUUACGGGUAAAGGUCAGUGCAGAAAGGUCGCGUUGUGUCAUGGUGACGAGUGGGUUGUCAUUGAAGUGGGCAACGUAAUAACAGUAGAAGAACUCCAAACAGGUAAACACUGUGUUGACAUACCGUUCAAAGGCGAUUUUUUCUCCAAAACGUUCUGCGCUGCUGGUAAACGCAAUGAUACGAUCGUCACGUUAAUUUAUAAACAAGUUAACAUAUAUGACGUCACAAAUGGUAGCCUGCUGCAGACUCUUACGUCAUCGAGUGACGAAGUAACAUUUGGAUUCUCUAGCAUCACUUCAGGUCGAGACAGAUACGUUGGUAUGACCGACGAUUAUCGACGCUUGCUGUGUGUUCUUGACCUUGAUUCCAUGACCUUUAUGCCCGCGUGGAAAAACUUUGAGGGCAUCAGUGCUUUUGACAUCUCCCCAGACGAAACUCACGUCGUGUACACCUGGCUCCCUUGGGAAAUUGCGUUUGCGGAUUUCAAUGGCACCCGUCUUCGUUCUAUUCCACACGACUAUAAUUCCAUCGAAAGUAUAAACUACUCUUCCGACGGCAGAUAUAUCUACUAUAGAAGCGGCCGCUCCGUCGUCUUUGUCAACUCUGCCACACUGCAGGAGGAAGAUUGUCUGGAAAACAAAAGUACAUUGAUCGACGCGCGAACCGUUGACAUGGUAACGGUGGUAACGAUUGCAACAGACAAUAUUCUCAGGGUGUGGGAUCGAUCCCGGGCAAAAAAGGGGAUCACAGAUCGGCAGUCCAGGAUGCUGGCACCAAUAAAACAUAUCUCGCAUUGUUUUCCGCUUGGCCACCAGGAUGUGCUGUUCGUGACCGGCAAGGCGGAAGAAGACUCGCCGACCACCGUCGUCGGUGUGCAUGAUGUCGGCAGACUGGAAUACCGCGCAAUCAUAGAACUAGAGGGAGAAGGCGGUGAAAACGUAGCCUUUUACAAAGCAGACACUAGAUCGGUGGUCAUGGGAAUUAACCGGAAGUUGUACUUGUUCGACAUUGAAAAGAUGGACGUCCGCAUCGUGUUUCCGGGUGUAGUCUCGACACAGAGUGUUUGUAUCGUGACCAAUCGGAAGCAACUCCUCGUGACGUGUGACAAUAACGUGAAAUUGUACAACAUCACAAACGGCUGCAUUGACGCCAAAAUAAUAACUGGAGACAAACUGGAUAUCAAACACGUUGUGGUGAACGAACCGGGGACGCUCGCCGCAGUGAAAUGUGGACCCAUAGUGUUGAUGGACCUUGUCACAUACACUCGCAUGUAUGAGAUAUCUGACAAGGCCCGGUAUGGUUGCUACUUGGCCACCUACAUGCUGUUUACCCGAGACAGCACGCGCUUGUUCUUCAGCGCAAAUACUAGCUUGGAAUCAGGCGAACAGCGUUCAAAGAAUGUAUAUCAUCUUUUCUGCUGGGACAUUAAACAAAAGAAGGAACUAUUUGAGCUGUGCGACACAGAGACACAGAUGCAGCACGAGAAAGUUAAAAGUGACGAAAGUACGGACAUGCAUACGGGUUAUCUUCUUGACGACGACCGCAUCGUGACCACGUGCCUCGACAAUGUCGUCCGAGUGUACGACGUCAAAACAGGCAAGCUACUCCACCGGUUGACGGACCACAAGACGUCGUCUGAGUUAGCGCUCAGUGACGUCACGCCCUACUUCCUGACGUUCGGCUCGGAGAACUGCAUCAUCCUGUGGAACAAAGGCACGUGCUCUAGGGUCGCCACCUUCACGAUGGACGAGGGGGUCGAUUACAUCCACUGGAGCGAUGAUGGAACUUUUUUCUACACAACCAGAAAUGGCGACGGGGAACACAAGUUUGUUGAAGUAAUUAAGUGGACUAUUCACGAUGAAAAAGAACCCACAGCGAGACCUGAUGUUAAACAGAGUCCUCCGAUAUAUUUAACCGAAGCAAAUUUGCCCCGUCUGACGAUCAACGUUGAGAAGGGCUACCAACCGGAAGCGGGCGAUCCCGACACGGACGAUGAGGUCCCUGACGUAAGCAGACGGGUCAGAUGAUUCAGAUUAUUCAGAUGAGUCAGAGGACAAUGGGCGUCACAGAGGCUCGAGGUCAUCAGAAACCUCGCAGUGUGAUGAUACAGUGGAUCAGUAAAGAUUUAGUAUAACGAAUGUCAUAAUUCCGUCUCAGCUUGUUUUUUUUUACAUUGCGUCUUUACAUCAAGUUGACUGUUUUUUUUAAAUAAAUAUUUCAAGCCUUUAAUGUCUAAUUAUAUACUAAUUGUUUUGUAAUUCGAGUGCAGUUUGUACAAGAAACACAAUAAUUCAUUUGCAUUCUCACAUCAUUUUUGGAUUUGAGGUAAGACUCUGUCAAUUCGUACAUGAAUAUAAACAGUUUCAUAAGUAUGUUGGUGCCGAUGCGAAUGUUUACACAUAAUCAUGCCCAAAAAUUCAUUCAUGUACUCAAUCCCUAUACAAAUAUUGUAAGGAGACAAAAAUAUAGAGAAAAAUGUCCAGUUCGAAUCUCAAACAAGAAAACGAUACGGUAUUGACUUUGCAUUGGUACUUGUCUUUCGAUGGAUACGAUGUGACCGCAUUAUACGUGUUAAUGUACAGGUCAAAUAUGCUAUCAAUUAGGAACUGUAUAAUUUAUCUUAAUAAUCAUUGGCUUCGAUUAUCAACGCCAAAUUCACGAGGAUCAUAGUAAAUAUAUCGGAAAAUAUUAAAAAGGAGUCCUGGCAAACAUAACUUACCAAAACUAUUUAAUUUUUAUUUUGCAAUGUCAUAUAUUUUUAACACUGUUAGUAAAUUUUCAUAUUUUGUUUCAGCUCAAAUAACUUGUUUGUACUUAUUUUAAGUAUGUAUUUUUUAUGAAACCUUACGUUUUCAAUUGUGUAUAUGCAUAUUGUACGGGUUAUAUUAACACUGAAUAAUAGGCCUAUUUAGAAUGUAUGUAUGAGUCGGUUCUAAGUCUGUCAAGACUUAUAUAUUUAUUCUUUAUUAUAGUCUCUUCCAAUAUAAUACAAUUUUCACAAUGUUCAAUGUAAAUUAAAAGCAUAAUUAUAAUCAUAAUAUUGGUCAUGCAAUUUAUGAAUUAUAGGAUACAUUUCACUUUACAAAACUAUCCUUUUACAUUAUAAAAGUUAGAUUACAACUCUUAAUCUUAUCUAAAAGUGCCAUAAGAUUUCCAGUUAAAAAACUGAAAUUUGUAUAUGUGGCACUAGCGCCUAAGAUAAUAAAUGUCCUAAAAGAGCCUUUAUCAGCCAUGGUCAGACCAUGAGUGAACUGGUUAAUGGUGAUAAUCUAAUCUUGGAUAAAAUGUUAAAUUAACCUUUUAAAAUCAGAUUUCAAAUAUUGUACAAUAAAACAUUAUUUCUAUUUAAAAUCUCACUGUUCCAUGAUAUUCAGAUAUUUUCAUUGAUCAUAAUGUCAAUUAACAGUGCAUAUUUACACUAUAGUGUAGGUAUUUAUCUAUAGAUGUAAGUAUUAAUCAACAGAUUCACCUACAUGUAUUUCCAACAAGGUCAGCCAGCAUUAUUGAACAUAUGGACAAUUUUGAUUUAUUAUUGGUUUUGACCUUAAUAAUAUAAAUAUGUUAUGUUUUAACUAAAUGAGCCGCGUUCUGAGAAAACAGGGCAUAAUGCAUGUGCGUAAAGUGUCAUCCCAGAUAAGCCUGUGCAGUCCGCACAGGCUAUUCAGGGACGACACUUUCCGCCUAAACUUGAUUUUCGGCAAGGAGAGACUUCCUAGAAAGUAAAAGUACCAUAAAAGCGGAAAGUGUCGUCCCUGAUUAGCCUGUGCGGACUGCACAGGCUAAUCUGGGACGACACUUUACGCACAUGCAUUAAGCCCAAUUUUCUCAGAACAAGACACAAAUAGUUGACUCUGAGCAAACUUUAUCUACACUCUGAAGUAUGUAAGCCAACAGCUUGCCCUGUUUAAUAAACAUGUAAAUUGUCUCUGAAUUUUUUAUCUAACAUUGGUAAAAACAUAUAAAACAUAAUGAUAAUUACUAAAUAUGGUACAUAAUUUUGCACUUUAAUCUAGUAUAAGGUAGCAGAAUUUUGCAGCUUAACAAUAUUAAAAUUGGAAAGAAUGAAUUUGAGCUUGUAGCAAUCACUUAAAUUUUGAAACCCGUUAUGUAUCUGACUAGCUUUUCUAAACAAAGAAUCUAUUAUUUCUGUGUAAAGACUUAUAACAAUAAAAUGUAUAGAACAAGGA